CGUAGAAGAACAAAUCAAGUUCACAACAAUAACUAACACUUUCAUUUUAUUAUUUUCGCGCGCGAUUUUCAUUUUCUUUUCAUUAUAGUUCCUGUAUUGUGUUUGUAUAAGCUUAAAAAUAAUAAACUUUAAUUUGCAGCAAUGAAUGGAAAUAUUAGGCAUGAUGAAUACCAGUAUCUGGAUCAAAUUCGUUUAAUUUUAGAAAAAGGAAACAUUAAAGAUGACAGAACUGGUACUGGCACCAAGUCUUAUUUUGGUACGCAAGCUCGUUACAGCUUGCGGAAUGGUGUAUUUCCUCUAAUUACAACUAAGAAAGUGUUCUGGAGAGCUAUUUGUGAAGAACUUUUAUGGUUUGUGUCUGGAAGUACAAAUGCAAAUGUUUUAAAGGAGAAGGGCAUACAUAUUUGGGACGGAAACAGUUCUAAAGAAUAUAUGGCUUCAAUCAACUUAUCUUAUCCUGAAGAAGGAGACUUAGGGCCUGUGUAUGGAUUUCAAUGGCGGCAUUUUGGCGCAGAUUAUACCCAUAUGAGUAAAGAUUAUUCUAAGGAAGGAAUAGAUCAGUUGAAAUACAUAAUUAAUAUGAUAAAAGAAAAGCCACAUGAUAGAAGAAUGAUUCUGUCAGCUUGGAAUCCACCAGAUCUAUCAAAAAUGGCACUUCCACCAUGUCACUGCUUAGCUCAGUUCUGCAAUGGAGAAUUAUCUUGUCAAAUGUAUCAAAGGUCAGCAGAUAUGGGUCUAGGAGUACCUUUUAAUAUUGCUAGCUACUCACUACUUACCUACAUGAUUGCACAUGUAACAAAUCUGAAGCCUGGAGAUUUUGUCCACACCAUUGGAGAUGCUCACAUAUAUCUCGAUCAUAUUGAUGCUCUUACUGAACAGCUGAAAAGGGAGCCUAAACCCUUUCCAAAGUUAAAGAUAAAGCGUGAGGUGAAAGAAAUAGAUGAAUUUAAAUAUGACGACUUUGAAAUUAUUGGAUAUGAGCAUCACCCUCCUAUAAAAAUGAAAAUGUCUGUAUGAUUUCUAUUCAGUUAUCUGAAUUCUUAAUUAUUCAGUUAUUAUACAAGUUUACAAAAUGAAAUGCAGUGUUUUUCAGCAGAUGUCACAUCAUUCCAGGUUACUCUUUUGUUUAUGAAAUCUGAAUGAAUCUGACAGCAUUAUUUUAUACAGGUUAGAAAUAACUGAAAUUUACUCUUUAAUUGUGGAGCUAUAUGAGCGUGUACUGAAAACUCCAGCAAUGUACUCUUUAUUAGACUCGGGAAAGUAUACUUCCCAACAAGUUCAUUAAUUUUUAAAUGUCGAUUGGAAGCUAUUUUACCACCUGUCAUUUAUGCGGGCAUCAGCUGAUAACUUCAAAACAUGAAUGCCACUCUUCACUCCUGGGGACAGAUAUCA